AAGUAAGAAGAUGGCACAAAAUUUACCAACGGAAAUUUUAAUUCAAAUUUUAACCGAAGUUUUAGACGAAACAUGGUAUGAUGAUUCGUUUUCUUUAGGUGAUGAUUCGUUUUCUUUAGUAUGUACAAAAUGGAACAAACUAAUCCCUAUAAUCAUAAAUGAUAUUUCUAUCCCAAUCUUGGGUAAAAGAUUAUUGCUCACGUUUGAUAUAUAUAAAUAUAAAAUAAUCAGAGCACCGAUUUAUCAUUUCCAAACCAAUUCUUACGAAAUCCAUUUUGAUGACAAACUUGGAUGGCAAUUCAAACAUCCACCAACGUGUGAUAGAAAGUUGUCAUUAUUUAAGUGUUCGUUGGGAAUUGGUAGAAAGACUUGCGUAACUCAAAUAUCCUUUGGGUAUUUAGAAUUACCUGAAGUUCUUAAAGGUAAAUUUUCGUUGAAUGGUAAGUGCGGUAUUAAUGGAUGGGUUGAGAUAUGUGAAAAGAAUUCGGGGAAAACUGGAAGAUUGAGAGUCGAGAGCAUUAUGGUUGACGCCAAAGAGAUUUUUAAGGUGUUGGAUGAG